AUGUCCGACGCACACAAGCCCAUAAUCAUCGUCACAGGCGCAAACGGUGGUGUAGGGUAUGGCAUCUGCCAACGCCUGCUCGUCCAGCUGUCCGAGGAGUCACCCCCCGACAGCCUCCCCCAAGCCUUCUCCGACAUCCCCCAACAAGACGGCGAGCCUCUCCCAAAAGCCUCCUUCUACCCCGGCCUCACCCUCAUCAUGGCCUGCCGCAGCGUCAAACGUGCAGAAAAGGCCAAAGACGAGUUGCUGGCCUGGUUUGAUCAGCAUGUGAAGCAGAGGCGGAGGCAGACGGGGUAUACAGGCAGAGCGGAGGAGGUGCAGAGGAACUUGGUGGUGGAUGUUGUACCGCUGGACUUGGCUUCGGUUAAGACCGUGUUUGAGUUUGCCAAGACUGUGAAGGAGAGGUACCCCUACGUCUCGCAUAUUGCUGCUAAUGCUGGUCUGGCGAGCUUCAAGUCGAUAGAUUGGAUUGGAGCUAUGAAACAACUCUUCACCGAUCCCAUGGGCGCUAUGACUUCUCCUAACUAUUAUACCCAACACGCUGGAGAGCUCAGUGUAGACGGUCUAGGUUGGGUAUGGCAGUGUAACCUAUUCGGACACUAUACCCUGUUCCGUGAACUUGAAUCCCAUCUUGCAGCAUCCCCCCUGGGCGGCCGCAUGAUCUGGUGUUCUUCCCUCGAAGCAAACCCAACCCACUACGACUCCUCCGACUGGCAACUCCGCUCCACCGACCACUCCUACAGCAGCGUCAAAUACCAAAUCGACCUGGUCGCAACCACACUCGACCGUAUCGCCCUCUCCUCUUCCUCCUCCACCUCCUCGUCAUCCACCUCCCAGCCCUCAUCAAUAACACCCUCAGGAAAACUACCCGUGCGGCACUUCAUCUCCCACCCCGCCGUAUCCCACACAAACGUCUCAGCAGCGCUCGUCGGUCCGAUCACCAACUUCCUCAAACUCCUCGUCUUCUACAUCGUGCGCUUCCUCGGGUCGCCGCACCACCCCAUCCAGCCGUACAAAGCCGCCAUCGCCACCACCCACCUCGCCUUGGUCCCGCUCGUCUACCUCGCGUACCUCUCCCAACCCACUGCACCCCCAGUGCGCUAUGGCGCCGAAACGGAUAGAUGGGGCAAUGAGAGGGUAGGGAUUUCCCCUGUUAGAUCGUGGCUGAAGUAUCAGGAUGAGGGGAGGGCGUUGGUGGAGAAGUGUGAUUUGUUGGUGGAGAAGAUGAGGGAGGAGGAGAGUAGGCCUUUGGAGUUUGAGACUGCUAGUGAGAGGAUGUAA